AGUUCACGUACGAUUGGCUUUUAUUGUUAUCCAGUACUCUGGUUACAUCCAGCGAACGACUGCAACCGACACCACCGCUUACAAUCUGUCACGAUCUAGUGAAAUCCACGGGUGAAAUCCUAGUACGUGUUAUCCUCGUUGUAGUCUGUCGAUGGCGUACUGGCAACAGGCGGAAUGGAUAUGUAAAGUGUAUACCACUUGACGCUAAUGACAGUGCACGUAAAAAUCACGUGACCAUGACGUCGGGUUCUCUCUCUAAAAGUGUUGGGAAGAAAUUAUUUCAGUUUUCUUCUCGGAAGAUGAUUUUACCUAGGAUUCGCAGAAUGUAUAAAUACGGAAUUGUCAUAACGUUAGUUCUCGUAUUCGUUGGUUUGCUAAUGCAGUUCCGUGCAGAGGGAACCAUAACAGCUAAUGGCGUCAUGAUGUCGGCUAUAAGAGGCGAAAGAUCUAGACUGUCGGCUAUAAGAGGCGAAAGAUCUAGACUGUCGCCUAGGACGACAACCCUGACACCUACCGGAACAACACAGGCAGAUGCACGUCUAAACGGUCCCGUGUUUGUAAAUCCCCAUCCGUUUCGUUAUCUUCUGAAUCCCGAGACAUUUUGCGCCAGAAAAGAUAUCUUCAUUAUAACAUACGUUCAUAGUACACCGGAUAGGUUCGAGAAACGAGCCGUGAUCAGACAGACAUGGGGAAAGUGGAAAUAUUUGAACAAGACAAUCCUCGUGGUGUUUAUAAUGGGACAGGUCGCAGACAUAGGGGUGAUGGCGUCGUUGAGGAUAGAGUCAGGUAUCCAUGGCGACAUAGUCCAGGAGGAUUUCGUCGACAGUUAUUAUAACUUGACCUACAAGGCGAUCGCUGGAUUGAAGUGGGUGUCCACGUUCUGUAGACAAGCUGUGUAUGUUUUAAAAACAGACGAUGAUAUUUUUGUUAAUUUUUAUGUACUUAUGAGAUAUAUACUGUCAAAUUUUGGAUUACCCUACGAAAGUACCAGACAAAUUCUAUGUAAUCAGUAUGUAAAUGCAUCAGUGAAACGCGACAAACUUUCUAAAUGGUACAUGGCUAAAGAAGAUUUCUUAUCAGACCACUAUUUGGCAUACUGUUCCGGGUCGGCUUAUUUGAUGAUUGCUGACGUGACGCAGAGAUUGUAUGAGGUAUCUCUGAAUACUCCUUUCUUUUGGAUAGAUGAUUAUUACGUCACAGGUUUGCUUGCGCACAAACUGAACGUCGCGCGACAAAAGUACAACAGGGCUUACGUUCUCAAGCCUACAGCUUGGGUGAUUUCAAAAGCGUUAAAAAGUGGCAAAUACCAUGACUUUGUUUUCUUCCAUCUACCUAACACGGCCAUGAUGUACUCUCUAUGGGACACUGUGCUUGCAAUGGAAAGCAAUGCAACACGUGUCAAGAAUAUCGCAAACAUUAAUUCUGAUAUUCAGAACAUAUUUAAGAAUUCAACAGACGUCCUAGAACAAGUUCAGUUCCGCAUUAUAUAGAAACAAAAAGAAAAGUGUUUUGAAUAAGAAAUAUGUUACAUGUUUGUAUAUAAUUAUUUCAUCUUUCUGUUGAAAAACACACAAAUAAAUAAAUAAAAUGAAA